AUGGGUGCGACGCCGCUUCGCACGAUUAGCGCGCCCCGUGAGGCCUCUGGCGUGACGCGCUUGGACGCACUGCCGUUGCAGUGGGUCUUUUUUCUGGAUCCUCCAUCUCUGCUCCGCAUCCAGACGGCUGGCUGGGCGGAGGAGGAACUGGUGCAGAAUGCUUGGAAGGAGCUUUGCGCGCAGGAGCUUGGGAUUCCCGCUGAAUCGCUGUGCCCCGUGGGCUCGGGACCUCGCUUGCAAGGUGCCCAGAGUUCCUCAAGUUCGCGGUGGUGCUGGAAGCGUGCCUUCUACGACUUGGACAUUGCCCCAGGUAAGAAUGCUCUUCGGAGCUCGAGCGAGGACUAUCAGUUCCUGCCCAGUCUCUACGGCGAGUCGGCAUCGGCGCCGGAGGGAGUGCAGUUCCUCCAAGAUGCUGAUGGGAGGGUGGUGCGGUGCCACCUGCGCCCGGGCUUCAUCGGACGAGAUCGCUGCGUCGUGGCUCAGCUGCCGCUGCCUGCGGUCCCUUCAGCCACCGUCCUGCCAUACGCCUGCGAAGAAAGAGAUGGGUUCCACUGGAGGGUCGCCUACCGCAGUGCCUCGUACUACGAGGUUACGGUGAGCGGUGCUGGCGGAGUUGGUGCCUGCCGCCGCGGGAGGGACCGGGAGGAAGCCGUUCUGCUCUGCAUCUCGGUGGGGCUCUGCACGCCGCGCUUCUCGCGCUACGCUGUUGCCAAGCAGCAGGCAGGCUGGGAUGGAGAAUCCUGGGGCCUCCACAGCGACGACGGCCAGCUGUUCCACGCCUCCAAUCGAGGUUACCAGUUCGCAGACGCGAAGGUGCCAGGGCCAUUGACCUUCGGGGAGGGAGACGUGGUUGGCUGCGGGAUCUGUCAGCUGCCCGGAUCCAGCUUUGGCGACUGCGAGGCAUCGCAGGUCACAGCAGGGCCGCGAGCUCUGGCGCAAGCAAAGCGCAAGAUCUUCUACACUCUGAACGGUGCCUUCUUAGGAUUCGCGUUUGACCUCGAUCAAGUUCCUUGGGAUGUUCCGCUCUGGCCUUGCGUAGGCCUCGACACCAAGCAGCUGCUGUCUUUCAACUUUGGCCAGAAGCCCUUCAAGUUCGAUUUGGAUGCCAGCAUGCCCAGCCUCGUGGUCGAGCUCAAGACCGUCUUUGACACUGUUUCCGUUUGGCCGCUGAACUUUUCUGCACCAGCGACCCCGACUCCAACUCCCGCAACGCCAGGGACCCCCAACACCUCGGAGAACGCAGGCUUCAAUGCCUCGUCCGGUGCAGGCGGGACGGAAAGCGGAGGCAUGCCGGAGAAGUGA